CGUUUUUCGCUGCCGAGGCCGCGGCGGCGUCUUCCCAGCAGCACGUCGCUUCCCUACUUGAUCUGGUGAAGGCGUUUGAGCGGAUUCCGCACUACCUCAUCGCGGCGGCCGCGGUGCGCCUGGAUUUCAACCUUGUCGCCCUGCGCCUGUCCCUCGCGGCAUACCGGCUCGCGCGAGCCAUCGGAGUCGAGGGCGCGUUUUCGGUCUUGGUCAUCGCCACCCGCGGCAUCACAGCCGGGUCCGGCUUCGCCACCAUGGAACUCCAGUUGCUGUUGCACGAGUCCAUGCUCAUCGCGUCGCUACGUUGGCCGAUGCUUCGUUUGUACCUGUACGUGGAUGACCUCACCAUUGCUGCUUCUGGCACUUCCGCGGAGGCCGUGGACGCUGUAUCUCGCAGCACGGAUUUCUUCGUGGACAUGUUCGAGGUGUGCCUGAAGCUCACUGUGUCGCCGACCAAGUCCUUUGCAGUGGCAUCGAAGCCGAGGCUUGCUGUCUGGCUGUCGCGCAGCAUGCGGCGCCAGAUUCUCGUCCCGAAGCGUAGCGUGAAGCUACAUGGCACGCCCUUUUCGGGCGGGCGGAGGCGGUCUGUCGGGGUGCUCAAGUCCCGGCUCAAGGCCUUCCAGCAGCGCACACCGCGGAUCCACGCCCUUCGCCGCCAGCGGAUUGACGUGACUCGCGUGGUGGGGGCCAUGGCUAGCCCCGGCAUGCUCUACGGCAUCGACAUUGUCGGAGCGUCCAACGCGCACCUGCACCGCGUGAGGGUUGCUGCCCUGAGCGCGGCCCUGCCGCCGGGUGCCCAUCGUAACGUGUGCUGGACGCUGGCGGCGGACUGGGCGCCCUCCUCGGAGCUCGAGAGCGUCUUCGGCAUCGCGCGGCAUCGUUUGCAGGAUGUGGUAGCUCAGGGACGGUCGGUGUGGUCUGCUGUCACAGGCCCCGUGGCCGGCGUUAUCGCCACUGCCUGGCGCCUCGGUUGGUCCCGUGAGUCCCCCAGGUGUUUCUACGACGACAACUGCGAGCCGGUGGACUUCAUCCUCAUGUCCCCUGCGAUGGUCGCCGCUGCUGUGCGCAGGUCUGUGGACCGACGCGGGAAACCUGGCCACACGGUGCCGCAGUGGACGGGGCGCUGUCGGUCGCAGCUCUUAUCCGCAGCAACGGGCGGGCAGUGGCCGCAGGUCCGGAUCGCGAAGCUGCCGAACGCCGACGCUUUUGUUGAUCGACGCUGCCAGCUUUGCGGCGCUGCCCUCGGCACUCUGCUCCACCGCCGUGCCUGCGAGGUCACGCUGCCUCCCGAAGGAUGGCCCAACCCGCCCGAGGAGUGCGACCGCCUGGUCUUAUCGCUCCCGGCGGCCCGUUUGGACCUGCUUCGGACUCGAGGCUUGCUCGCUCUCCGGCUGCCGCGUCCAGUGCCGCAGGUAGAGGUUGCCGUCCGGUGGCAUCCUGGCCCGCCAGACGCGAGCCGCACAGACCUCUGCUGGUACACGGACGGGUCCAUGAAGUUUGGGCCGCGGUGGGAGUUGAGGCGCACUGGAUGUGCAAUUCUCGUCGUGUCGGCCGGCGGGGACCUGGUUGCGUAUGGCAGCGCUGUGCCUCCGCCGUGGAUUCGCACCGCUGCAGCCGCCGAGCUAUGGGCCGUCCUCCUGGUGCUGUCCAUCGCCAUCGUGCCGCCGUCCAUCCGCACGGAUUGCCGCUCGAUCCUGUCAGCGGCCGCAGCUGGCACGGUGCACGCCACCAAGCCAUCCGGAAUGCUGGCCCAGGUUUGGUCGCGCAUUUCCACCGUCCUUGAUGGCGACGUGGCAGUGCUGGUGACUUCGGGCAAGCUCACGUGGAUGCCGGCACACGGCACGACCGCCGUGAUCGGCACGGCUCCGCGAUCUGAUGGCGUCGCGGUCACGGCGGUGGACUGGCGGGCCAACCGGCUGGCCGAUGCUGUGGCCAAGGCGGCAGCCGGCUGCCCGCUGCCGUGCGUUGCGGCCCAGCGCCUUCUCCUGGUCGCGGAGAAAUUGGUCUCGCACGAGGCCGCUGUCCUCGGGGCUGUCACUUUCGCGGCGAACCACCACGAGAGGGUCGAGCUCGGGCCGGACGGCCGCCCCCGGCGCGUGCUCGAGCGCGACGCCGCGGCCAUGCG